CGGGAACCAGAGCUAAUUUAAUAGGGUCCUGAGGCGCCCUGGCAGCGGGAUGGAUGCGGCUUCCUUUGUGGAGAGUCAGCCCUGCCAUAGCAACCUGCCUUCUAGUGUCUAGAAGAGCGGUAUUCAGCCUCAUGACUCCCCCCCCGCCUUUUUUUUCAAUUGGGAAGGGGGGAGGAAGUAGGGAGAAAGGGCUCCGAUAUAAGCAGUUACCAAGGAGACCCGAGUCGGGGUUGGAAAGGUUUUCUCCUUCCCUCGGUCCAUACAGGCGGAGGAGGGGCGGGUGCCCAAACGCGGGGGAUCGCGGGAGGUCCCGGGCUGUAGUGGUGAGUCCUCCCUGCGCCCGUGGGGACGGGUGCAGGCCAGGGCUCGGCAGAGGCUCCAGCAGGGCUGGGGUGUCCAGGGCACUCUCCAAGCUCACGGCCCGCCCCGCCAGCACUGCGGAGGGAUGGACAGAGCCCGAGUUCCUGGCCGCUGGCUCCCUGCCCGUUUCCGGGAGACGGCCGGAACCUGCCUUCUCCCUUAAGUCCUGGGGUCGGGAGAGAAGCCAUGGGGUGCACGUACUCCUCUCCGCGGGACGAGCCCAGCCUGAGAAGGUCAGUUCCAGACGUGUCCCUGCGGCGGCCCGCGCCGAUGCACCUCGGGAGGGGGCCCCCGCCUGGGCAGGCUUGCCCUGGAGGCAUGAAGAGGGUGCCCUGUGGAGUUGACCAGCAGAGUCAGGCGGUUCCCCGGGGGGGCCCACCGGGUGCAUGGGACCACUGGUCUCUUGCUUGGGUCCCGGUUUGCAGGCUGCAUUCCCUGCCUCCGAAGGAAGGCCCCAGUGGCCGGCUCCCCAACCUGGGAAAGAGCGGGCUCCAGGCACACAGCCCAGUGUGGAGCUGUCCGGCGGGGUCGGGCCGGUUGAGGGCACUCAGGUGUGGACCCACGUGGACGGAGCAGCGCGGUCCGCCCCGGAUCUCUGGAAGCCACCCCCGGAGCCCAGGGGAGAGGGUGGGAGUGUUCGUGCUUUCCCAGGGCUGAAGCUACUGAAGGGGCCCGUGCUGGCCUCCAGAGAUGCAGCUUCUACGAAACCUUAGUCCUUGAGAAGAGGCAGGAGUUGGCUUUUCUGCUGCUGUCAGACCCUGAUGUCAG